CCUGGCCUGACCCAAUACAUGAAGAUAAACACAAAAUACUUAGACCAGGGCGUGACAAGGAGAGAUCAGAGUCAGAGAUUCUCAGUGGUCAGUCUUCCCAGAGUCAUCAAACAGACCUGGCCUCCAUAUUAAGUGUAUGUGGUCCUGUUACGUACAUUUGUUUUUGUUUACCUCAAGUGCCAGAGGCUUUGAGAAUCAGAAGCAGGAUAAGGAAGUGGUGGAUGCUGAAGAUGAGAAGCAGGAGAGCAGUGCCAGAGAGGGGGCUCUGAAGAUCAUACCGCAGGUCCUGAGGAAAAUGAACCAGAAGGAGCUUGCUGACACACUGGAGAAAUAUUCAGAUGAGCUUGCUGUGAUUUGCCAACGUGAACUCAAAUCUAAUCUAAAGAAGAAGUUUCAAUGUUUUUUUGAGGGGAUCGCUAAACAAGGAAACCCAACACUCCUCAAUAAGAUCUACACAGAGCUCUACAUCACAGAGGGUGGAACAGGAGAGGUCAAUAAUGAACAUGAGCUGAGACAGAUUGAGACAACAACCAGGAAACAAGCAAGACCAGAGACUGCAAUCAAAUGUAAUGACAUCUUCAAACCCUUAACUGGACAAGACAAACCUAUCAGAACUGUGCUGACAAAGGGAGUCGCUGGCAUUGGAAAAACAGUCUCUGUGCAGAAGUUCAUUCUGGACUGGGCUGAAGGAAUAGCAAAUCAGGAUGUCCAAUUUGUAUUUUCAUUCCCUUUUCGGGAGCUGAAUUUGAUGAAAGGGGAAAACACUUUCAUUGAACUUCUCAAUCACUUCUCAAUGGAAACCAAACAAUCAAGAAUCUCCAACUAUGACAAGUACAAAGUUCUGUUCAUCUUUGAUGGUCUGGAUGAGUGCCGACUGCCUCUAGACUUCCAGAAGAACAAGAUCUGUUGUGACGUCACAGAGUCAACCUCAGUGGAUGUUCUGCUGACAAAUCUCAUCAGGGAAAUCUGCUUCCCUCUGCUCUCCUCUGGAUAACUACCCGACCUGCAGCAGCCAAUAAGAUCCCUUCAAGGUGUGUUGACCAGGUAACAGAGGUACGAGGGUUCAAUGACCCACAGAAGGAGGAGUACUUCAGGAAGAGAUUCAGGGAUGAGGACCUGGCCAGCAGAAUCAUCUCACACAUAAAGACAUCAAGGAGCCUCCACAUC